AUGGAGGUAUCCCGGCCGAUGACUAACCAUUCGACGUUGGCGGAUAACCUGCCCGUCAACGGCCAAACGAGCGACUAUUCCAGUGGUCGAUUUAGUUCUAACAUCGACUCGUCCCAAGUCCAGCGUUUAUCGGAGUCUGGUGGUCGUGUGAGCUCCACGUAUGGCCAACGUCAGACCGAAAUGAGGCUUAAAGCCGCAGACUUUGACGACUUACCACCCGAGAGGACCAAGGACUACAAGGGACGAAUUCGAACGUGGCCUGGACUGCUGCUACUAUUGCUUUUGGUUGGAGGUGCCGCAGCAAUCAUCUUGCAGCAGGCAAUGGAAACGAGCGACUUGAUUAGUGCCAGUCAAGAAAAUUACGAGCAACAACAAGCCAUUAAACGUAAGAUCAAAGACGGCAUGGAAGACGACCAAGUGCUCAUUUCAGAUGACGGACAAGUCGGAAACCCAAAGAAAUACCCGGAUAUGGGAUGUGAAUUGCCUGAUUAUCAAAGCAAGAAUGGAGAAAUCGUUGCCGUGUCAAAGAAUGGCACCGAGGUUCCAGUCGGUAUCAAGGGUACCAACUGGUUUGGAAUGGAGACUGGUUUGGCCAUUCCUUUUGGACUAUGGGAGAACAUAGACAACGGUACGUCCGUCUACGAGGUGGCAGCCUUUUUGGCUCGCAACAACUUUAACAGCGUCCGUUUACCGCUUUGUAUCAAAAACAUUCUCAAGAAUGUGGCACCGGAGAAGUCGCUUAUUAACAUGCAAACGAAUCGAGCCAUCAAGAUUUCGUCCUACAUCUCGACAAUCCAGUCGAUCGUUGAAGCGCUGGGCUACCGUCAUGUCUCCGUUCUUAUCAGUCUUCAUACAUUGGACCCCAAGAAGUCGGGCGGUGCCUGGUUUAGCGAAGAGCUCGAUGUGACCGAGGACGAGUUUCUCGAGGCUGUUGACAUUCUUACCAAGAACUUAUGUGGCUCCAAAUACUGGAACAUCCUUGGAUUGGAUCUGAAAAACGAGCCGCACGAGUGCACGUGGGGAGGAAAAGCACCGGACUGGCAGAAGGGAGCGACGUUGAUAGGAAACAGGAUGCUGGAGGGAUGCCCGAACUGGCUGGCUUUCGUCGAAGGUAUCGCUUCCAAGGGCACCAUUACGUUGAAUGGGAUAGAGGACACUUACUUUGAUUGGUGGGGAGGUGGUCUUGCUGACGCGGGCGGCAAUCCUCCCAUAUUUGACAUCGAGAACAAACUCGUCUGGUCCCCACACUACUACAACACCGGUGUAAAUCCGGCCUGGUACCUCUACGCCUCGGGCACUCAAAACGCAGAGGGAGGGCGAGAUGACUACGUAGAGCUGGAUAACAAGACACUGAGAAACAACGUGGAGAAAACCAUGGAGAAGAUGUUUGGCUAUUUGCUGAAAGAAGACACAAACACCGCUAUGGUCAUGGGCGAGUUUGCUGGACUGUACGCUAAAGACGUCCACCCGAUGCUUACAACAAAGCGCACAUCGGAUUACACACUCGACGUCAUGCUCCAGGAGAACUACGCUGGAGCCUACAUGUGGUCACUGAACCCAGAGAGUGCGUACCAGUUCAACCCGGCCGACACUUUUGGCCAUUUCACCGAGGGUCUUUUGCAGGACGACUGGCUGACGCCAAACAAGGUGUUUGUGGAUGGUAUGUCUGCUAUGGACGUGAUGAAGAACCUUCAACUGUUUCCUUGCUUCCCCGAAGAAAAGAAAGACUCCUCGUCAAAAGGAGCUGUAGAAGAAGAAGAAGAGUAG